AUGCGCUUUUUCCUUUUAUUCAUUGCUUUUCUUGGCUUCAAUAAUGCGUGGAAAGUUUUGCUCACCGCCGAUCGCACACUCGAUGGAAUCGACUUCGAGUUCCCGAUCUAUUCGGUGAUUUGGGGAGACAAUGAAACGGAUACGCCGCUUGAAAGGUUCCAGGCCUUCCGUGCUUGGGAAAUCGCGUCAGCUCAAUAUCUCUGGAAACAACAAAAAACGGCGAUGAGCGACUAUCGAAAUGCCAUGUUUUGCUACCCAGGCCGAUCUCCUUUCGGGAACUCAAACGACACGGGCUCUUUACCCGAAUGUGAUCAUUUCUUCGAGUUGCAUUCACGAUGUUUAAAUGAAACAGAAGAAUUCCUCGAGAUGAUUCCUAAUGAUUCGUCUUUAAAAGAAGCUCUUUUCAAUAACGGAUCGACUUUCAUUGAAAUGCUGAAGUCUCAAAAAAAUCGUCUCGGGCAACUUAUCGGAUUUUAUCCGAAUUUUCAUUCGCCAAUGUUGAGCCCGGCUUUCGAUCGAAUCGCUCAUCUCAUCGGCGCUUCUGAAGCUUGGAGAGCUGGUGACAGUGAUCUAUGGACCCCAUCGAACUCUACUGUACUCCCGCGUCGAUGGCCCGAUCGUCAUUGGCGCUUCAGAUCGAAUGAAACUUGGAACAAUGAAACCCUGCAGAACUUUACAAAAGGCUUUGGAUCGAAUCUUUUUGGAGAACUGCAAGGAGGCGGUGUCCGAGAUGCGCUCUGGAAAAAGUUUCGCCUCAAUUUCACCGAUGAUCAAUGGGAAAACCUCACGAAUUUGAUCAAGAAUAACUGGCGAGACUUGGGCAAGGGUGGGGAGAACUCGACAGCGGCCAAAGAGUUGGAAGAGAUUGUUAGCGAGAGUGGAGCUUCGGAUUCGACAAUGAAUUUGCUGAAGCAACUCCUUCAAUCGGGCAAUGUUCUCGCCGCAUUUCGAGGGGCUUUAGGGCAACAAGCACAGACAAGCGGUGAUCAAUUCUCGCAAAUGCUCAACAAUUUCAUGUCCGCUAUGAAAAAUGUGCACCAAAAUAAUGUUAACCAGGCAGCGAAAGCAACGGCGAACACCCAGGAUUUAGCCACCGGCACUUUGGGCACUUUUUUCGGCGGACUCCAGUCGGUUCUCACUCAGCUUCAAGGA